AUGGAUACCAACGGUGAAGUCACGGAGGCGCCUAAGGUGGAGAAGCCCAUCGAGAAUGAAGCCACAGCCGACAAGUCGGUCGACGAAGUUACCGAAAUGUUCAAGGGACUGUCCAAGAAGAAGAAGACCAAGAAGCCUAAGGAUGCAGAGGCCGGCGAAGGCGACGAAGCUUCCCCCGCAGCUGACGGCGAAUUCGACCCCACCGCCCUGAAAAAGAAGAAGAAGAAGACCAAGAAGGUUGACGCAGGCGAUUUCGAGGCCAAGCUGGCCGAGGCUGGUGCAGCAGAGAAGGGAGCUGAGGAGACAGAGGAGGCCCUCCCCGAGGGCGAUCUCGAGGCCGGAACUGGUAUUUGGGCCCACGACGCAACGCAAGCCAUCCCCUACUCUCUGCUUGUCUCCCGAUUCUUCUCCCUCAUUCAGAGCCACCACCCCGAUCUUCUGUCCAGCGGUGCCAAGUCGUAUAAGAUCCCUCCUCCUCAGUGUCUGCGUGAAGGUAACCGUCGUACCAUUUUCGCCAACAUCGCCGAUAUUUGCAAGCGUAUGAAGCGUUCCGACGACCACGUCAUGCAGUUCUUGUUCGCCGAAUUGGGUACCAGUGGCAGUGUUGACGGCAGUCGUCGUCUGGUCAUCAAGGGUCGUUUCCAGCAGAAGCAGCUUGAGAACGUCCUCAGAAGAUAUAUUGUCGAAUAUGUUACUUGCAAGACUUGCCGCAGUCCCGACACCGAGCUCAACAAGGGUGAGAACCGUCUGUACUUCGUUACCUGCAACUCCUGCGGAUCCCGUCGUUCAGUCGCCGCUAUCAAGACCGGUUUCCGUGGCCAGGUCGGACGCAGAAAGAGACAGGGUUAA